CUUCAUCGAUCUUUUUUUUUUUGGCCUUACGAUUUCCGCCGGUGCAAGUGGUUGCAAGAUUUCAAUCCGAAUAAGUUUGUGGCAUCUCGUAGUUUUCGAGGAUUAAACCUUAUUGAAAUCGUAUAGAAGUUGCGGAUCGUCGUCUUGUUGGUAGUAUUUUGCUUGGACGUCCCCAACAUUACAGCUUAGGCUGGAUUAAAGCUAACCAACCUAGCACCUGGCACUCUUCACCGCCACCCACGAUCAUCAGGCGGUUUUUUGAUUCUGGUUUUUGGUUUUGAUUUUGGAUUUGGUGCCUCCUUACAUCGUGGACGGCACGUGUUAUGAAUUCUGCAACCCAAGAAUUCGUCAAGUCUUCAAGUUAGCUCGGUUCAGGACGUUGCAGUGCAUAUCUCCUCGUCCAAGAGUGAUAAGCAUUCGUGCCUAUCCCACUGACUGGUGAACCCGUAGGCAGCAUACAGGAGAGCCAUCUUUGAGCUUGCCCGACUCGUUCGUUGCUGGUAACUGGAGGAUCACAGAUAAGCCUCUAUUUACGUUUCGGUUAAUUUUAUUCCUAUUAAAUACAAAUUUCAAUUUUUAAAUAUCAAUAUAAAUUAAAGAGCUCAGUUAGGGUAAAGAUAAAGUACACAAUUAUAGAAACAUUUUGUUUGUAAGAGUUAUUUGUAAACGAUCGAUCGUAACCAAGCUUCCUGUGCUUAGUGUGUACUUGAGCCAAUAUAUGGAGAUUUAAACUGACAUGCCGGUUUAUUUAUUAAUUAUUUAUUUGGUUAUUUGGGUUCGAACUUUGUUAACUUUGUGAGUUUGUUGGGUGGCUAGUGAGCAAGGACACUAGCCACUAUCACUAACUUAUAGUAUAGGUUGGGGUUUUGUCCUAGCUGGCGCCCCGGUCUCCAACCUUUGAUUUAUUUCCUUUCUUUUUUUAUACCCCGCCCAUAUUUUGAGCAACUGAGCUGCUUGGGCCCUAUACUUACUGCUUCCAAUCGGUAGCAAAGUGAGCAAAGUAUAGUAGAAUUGCUUCGGUCUCCCCUCCACCUUCAGUGGAAAAGAGACUUGGCACUAGUUUAGUAUUACGUCUAGUAAUGUGCAAAUGAUUUCAGCCAAUAUUAAACCGAUAUGUCUUCCGGUGAGCGAAAUUAAUGACGAUCUAACGGGAAAAUCGGCUAUCGUCUCCGGAUGGGGUGCUACGGAAAAAGAUUACAAAAGCCCAAUACUUCUCAAAGUAUCAGUACCCGUGUUGUCACUGUCUGUUUGCCAUAAAGUGUACCAACAAUUUGCUUCAAUUACGGAUCAGCAAAUAUGUGCCGGUGGAUACAAUGAUAGAGACUCAUGUGGAGGAGACAGCGGUGGACCGAUGAAGUAUGUCGGACUUGUUGACGGCUCGCCUAGAUACAUACAGUACGGAAUUUUAUCAUUUGGCCCGAGACAAUGCGGUGCCGAUGGGCAACCGGGUAUUUACACCAGGGUUGGGAGUUAUAUCCAAUGGAUUUUGGACAACAUGGAAGAAUGAUUGUCGUUUUCAUAUUAGUACGUUAAUGAAAUGUUAAAAAGAAAUAUUUUCACUUUGGAUCCCAAAUUCUCAAGAUUUGUCAGACAUUUUCGUAAUGAUUGAACUUCGUAAAUGCGUGUUAUGAUUUCAAAAAGAUAACUUCGUUAAAAUGCCGCCUCCAAACUUCUUCUGUCAGCAGCCUGGUUGGUUGUUAAAUGCCGCAUUAAUUUAAUUCGAGAUUUUGAUUAUCGUGCACCUGCAUGUCGUUUUCAAAACUUUUUAAUCAUAUUCUGAGCAUAGACAAUACCUCUGCGCCAUGCAUUUCAUUGGACACGUGCAGCAGCUUGAAAAGUUGUGAAUCGAACCUAAAUUUGAAUUAACAUUGCGAAACGCCUUAUGGCGAGAUGCGUUAAAAUUCCUGCGGAAUCGAGAAUGUGGUUUGGACCUUUAAAUUCCUAUAUGUUGUUUUGCUACCGAGUCUAGUCUAGACGAUUAUUGAUGCGUAGAAAUGGUGAGCCCUUUUUUUUAAUUUCGUAAGGAUUUCUCAAGGAAAUCCGUUUAUUUGCAGCCUACGAUUUGUUUACCGCUCCUGGAAGUUUCAACUUACAUGAAAAGGUAAUCCAUCAACAUCUAGUUCUUUCAACCAUGUCGCAACCAUAAUCUAGAAAAUGGAACAGUUGGACAGAGCGUUCCUCAAUUCAGAAUUGGACCAUUUAGAAUUUUUUGCAACAAAAAUAUCAAGUAGUAAGGAAAACAGAUCAAUGAUUGUUUAG